AUGGCUUUUGGAUUCUUGGUUUUUGUGUGUUGGUCAUUGUUGGGAAGGAAGGUUUCUUGGCAGGAGAUGAGGAAGCGAAAGAAAUUGGUUAGGCACAUUCACAACGAGCAUCAUGAUCUAAAACCACUAUCCAGUUUUCUUGAAGAAGUAGACGAAGACAUACUCUUGGAGAUAUUUGUCCGCCUCCCGAACUACCGGUCUGCCAUUCUCUUUUCUUUAAUUUCGAGGCCACAUUCUAUCAGUAGAUUCAUAUCACAUCAUAAUGAACACAAGGACCGCUAUCCACAACCAUGCACAGUCAUAUUUUGUAGAGCCUAUUAUUUGGGUUUUCUUAACAAGCACUUUACUCUCCCACGUUUUCAACCAAUUUGCAAGCUUUCUUCAGAGGAGUCAAUGUUUCUUCGCCAAACAUCGAAUACUGCUACUAAUUAUUUGGACUUCUUGCAUUCGCCAAUGGUCAUAAGAGCAUCCUGCAAUGAUUUAUUGCUUGUCUCCCCUAAUCUCGACCCUUGGACACAUCUCUACUACAUUUGUAAUCCAAUAACAAGACAAUUUUAUCAGCUCCCGAAGAUACCUCAAACUGAUCGAUUUUUGGCAUGUGGUGGACAGGCAUUAAUAUGCAUGCCUAACAACGAAUUUAAGAUCGUUGUUCUUGGUAGGCUGCGUGGAAUUGUGGAAGAAGGUGCAAUAUCUUCCAUUGGUGUUUAUAGCCAUAAUGUGAGGAUAUUUUCUUCCAAGACAGGAACGUGGGAAAGUAAAUGCUUGGAAUAUCCGGAGCCCCGUGAAAAAUGGUGCUGGGUUUAUUGGGUGGAAAUGAUUAUGUGCCCAAUAUCCGGGGUCGUGUAUUGGUUGGAGCAAGACUAUGAUAUGGAUAGGGUUCUUUCAUUAGACUUGCGGAAUGACAAUAAAGUCGGCAUAAUAGACUUUCCCGAUGAUUAUUGGUGGUACCCGAGGCAUGCAGUGGAUCAACAGAAGCGUCUCAUCAGAGGUGGAAUUAAGGGUGAUCACGUCAAAGUCAAAAGUCAGAUUGGGGUUGUGAGUGGUGAGUUGUGGUUGCUACAAUUUGUUUCCACCUCAGUGAAAGGAAUGAUUAAUCUUAAGGUGUGGAGAUUAAAUAAUGGUAGUGAGUGGAUUCUUGUUGAGGACAGGAAAAAUUUGAAAGAUCCCAUCAACAAGGAGGAGGAGGAGUUUGUGGGUGGUUUUACUCAUCCAUUGAAUAAUGAAACACUCAUUUUGGUAAAUAUUUUUGAAUAUAAUUUAACGGAUGGAACCGUUGAGAUAAUAGGUGUGCUUCAAGAAUACAUUAAUCUUAGUGAGUUUGCGUGGUAUAUGGAUGAGCGUCUUGUGUGCAUUCCUGUGAAGCCUCCCGCCUGGCUUACCACACUUCCUCCACGCAACCGUGCCUUCAAGCCUUUAUAG